CUUCAAUUGUCCAAGCCUAACGUCAUGGAAAGAGUUACUUUGUUGCGGCUCGCACAGGAAUAAACCCAAGAAACAACACUGACCAGAGAUGUGGGUUGAUACUUUUUAGCAGGACAUUGGUUGGUUUCUGAUUUUGCUUUAUUUUCCAAUUUAAAGCAUCGACUGAAGAUGCGCAGGAACCUGUUUACAAGGGAAACGCUGCAAGUUUCAGUCUGAGGGAAUGCGGAGCAGGCUCACAAUGCACCGGGAUACCAUUACUCAUCCCUCUGUUUUUCUCCACGCCGGGGCAAUUUGUUUCCCGGAUGUUUUCAUCAAGAAGCGUUUUAGGAUCUGUAAUGGCAAACAAGGGUCCGAGAAGUGAACAAAGCGAGGCUGCAUUACCGUUUCUGAAGGAUUAAAACAACCCACGGUGCUUAUGGAGGAGCUCUUCGGUGAAACCAGUUUUGUACCUGUUGUAUUUGUGAUGUAAAGGGAGCAAGAGAGUCCUUUUGUUAUGAGGAAGUUAUUGAGUUAUAAAACAUUUACAGCCUGACGUUGUUGUUAGAAUUUUAAGCACAGGACAAUAGAGCCUCAAUGGGCUGAGGAUGCUAGUGGUCACAGUAGGUAUAUUUUAGACAACAAAAACUGUUGUCUUCUCCUGUUUAUUCUAAGUGUCAGAUUAUUCAAUUUACUAAAGUCAUAGACUACUGUGACACCUGAUCCAACAGCUGCCAUGUAAUUUGAGACGAGUUUAAUUAUUAAAGUGAGCUAGUGUCAGAUGUUUCCAAAACAGUAGCAUCAUUAUAUUCUAGGCACUAUGUGCAUGUAGGUUUUUAUUGCUGUUGGACCCACUGGAGAAUCAAGAUGUCAGCGAAAGCCAAAGCACUCUACACUUUCCAAAGUGAAAACAAAGAGGAGAUCAGCAUCCAGGAGAAUGAGGAGCUGGUUAUCUUCGACGAGAAAUCGGUGGACGGAUGGUUUCAGGGGGAGAACAGCCGAGGGGAGAAGGGUCUCUUCCCAGCAUCCUAUGUGGAAGUUAUUCGCACUCGCUCAAACUCGAACGUGACAAACUGCUCCAUCAGCCCAGCAGGGUCUUUGGGAAAUGACUCCUCCUUUUUAUCAUCAUCAACCCCAAACACCUCUUUGACUUUGCAAUCGAAUAUCUAUGACAAUGAUGAAGAUGAUGAUGAUGACUGGGACGACUGGGAUGACAGGUCGACGGUGGUGGACGAUGGUGACCACAGGAGCCCUGGGGCCAAUGGACACCCCCAUCACAGCCCACUGUCCAACAAUCCCAACGUGCACUACCGGGCCAAACCAGACAUGGAGAGACAGGACAGCAUCUCUGGCUCGAGGAAAGGCAGCGUGGUGGGCAGGAACUUGAACAGGUUUUCCAGCUUUGUCCGCUCAGGGGUGGAAGCGUUUGUGUUGGGGGAUGUACCCAUGAUGGCGAAGAUAGCUGAGUCAUACACCAUUGAGAUGGGUCAAUUGGGGCCAGUUUGGCAGGCGAGCCCAAAGCCUUUCUCCUGUUCCGUCGAAGACCCCACAAAACAGACAAAGUUCAAGGGUAUCAAGACGUACAUUUCCUACCGUGUCACGCCGAGCCACAUAGGGCGUGCCGUGUACAGACGAUAUAAACAUUUUGAUUGGCUGUACAACCGCUUACUGCACAAGUACACUGUGAUCUCCGUGCCUCACCUGCCUGAGAAGCAGGCCACGGGGCGAUUUGAGGAAGACUUCAUCGAGAAGCGCAAGAGGCGACUGAUACUGUGGAUGAACCACAUGACCAGUCACCCAGUACUCUCCCAGUAUGAAGGCUUAGAGCACUUUCUAAUGUGUACUGAUGACAAGCAGUGGAAACUGGGCAAGAGGCGGCAAGAAAAGGACGAGAUGGUUGGUGCCCAUUUCAUGCUGACCCUUCAGAUCCCCAACGAGCACCAGGACCUUCAGGAUGUAGAGGAGCGCAUCGACACCUUCAAGGCCUUUGCUAAGAAAAUGGAUGACAGCGUUUUGCAGCUCACACAUGUUGCUUCGGAGCUGGUUCGUAAACACCUGGGUGGGUUCAGGAAGGAGUUCCAGCGGCUGGGAAAUUCUUUCCAAUCUAUCAGCCAUGCGUUCACGCUGGACCCUCCCAACAGCUCAGAGAAUCUCAACAAAGCCAUCUCCCAUACGGGCCGCACCUACGAGAACAUUGGAGAGCUGUUCGCAGAGCAACCUAAGAAUGACCUCUUCCUUAUGCUGGACAAGCUGUCCCUCUACCAAGGCCUGCUCGCCAACUUCCCGGACAUUAUUCAUCUACAGAAAGACUUCUCUCUACCUUAG